AUGUUUACCAUCUCCGAUUACGAUUAUGAGUGCACGAAAAAGUGUCGGCUAGUGAGUCAUGGAAAUGCAAUCACAGCAGCGCUUACGAAAAGGGCCGUUUCCGACGAGUUGCUGGCGGCAUACAUUGCCAAAACGUGUCGCAACUUUGCCCAUGUCCUCGAUGAUCAUGGACGGACGGCGCUGCAUAUGGCCGCCUCUGUUGGCCGUUCUGCUAUUGUCGAAUGGUUAAUAAAUCAGGGUGCCAGUCUUACUCAGAAGGAUCUUGAAUCGGGACAUACUGCUUUGCACCGGGCCAUGUAUUAUGGGAAUGUUGGAGCUGCUGUUUUGCUGGUGAAGCAUGGUGCCGCACUCGAUGCUCCGGAUGAAGAUUUCGUUAAUCCUAUCCAGUUGUGCAGCAAUGUCUCGGAACAGCGCACUGGUACAACCGAUGGACGGAUUGCGUUGGGGCCCGAGCUGAUGAUUUGGGGACAAAACAAAAAUUACAACCUAGGCAUCGGAAACGCACAGGAUAAGGGUAACCCCGAAAGUAUGGAAUAUUUCCGCAAAACGCGCACUACCAUUCGUAAGCUGGAAAUCAGUUCGUAUCAUAGCGUGUUCUUGACGCAUCGAAUGGGAGAGCUGUAUGUUGCUGGCCAUGGUGUCGGUGGACGGCUCGGUCUAGGUAUGGAGGACACGAUAGCGUACCCGAUGAAAGUGCCUCUGGCACUGAAAGACGACGAACGGAUAACGGAUGUGGCCGCAGCCAAGUAUCACACGCUCGUGCUCACCGAUAGUAAUCACAUUUACUCAUGCGGAGAGAAUAAACACUGCCAGCUGGGACUGAAACCUCCGCCUCCGAACCUGCUUGCGUUCAAGGAAAUUACGGGUCAAUGCCAUUUGUCAGGAAAAGCAGUGAAACGUGUCAUUGCAAAGGAUUACCAUUCAAUCGCCGUUUUGGAGACGGAAUUCUACGUCUGGGGUCUGAACGGUGGUCAGUUCGGUCUCAAGCGGGAUUCGCGUAACGAGUUGAUCGUGCUCCCGAAGGCAAUUCCACUAAUACCGGACGGAACAACGCCGAAAGACGAUGGCGUUGCCGUAAAGCGUGACACAACCAUCAAACUGAUCGAGUCAAGCAAUGCAGCCAUUGUCGUUUACACAAUGCAAAACUUUCUGCACAUUUUCAGCGGCUUCAAGGUGAAAACGUACAAAAAACCAUUGAUGGAAAAAUUAGAAUGCCUCUCGGUAGCGGGUGGCGAAUUGCAAACCGAGCAGGACGAUGUAGUGAAACGUUCCGGCGAUCUGCGCGUUAUCGUUUUCACCACAUCGCGGAACAUUUACAUCUGGUACGAAGAUUGCCAGCAGUUUGUACGCUGUGUUUUUGCCCAAUCACGCAACCUGGAGGUGGAAAAGAUACGAUGGUGUUCGCAGAAUACCCUUGUGCUGCUUCUUGGCAAUCUGUACCAGGGCAUCAUAACGAACAAGCUGCCACGGUCGGCUAAACAGCAGUUUAGCGAGUUUAAAGAAACGUACAUCCGUAAGGAACUGUGCGACACGCUGCAGAGCCGUAUAGAGUUGCGGCGCAUACGGAAUCUGAGCAAUGUGGUUGAUUUCACGUGUGAUGCGGAUGGAGAAAAUUACGCCGCAUUGGUGGAAAAUACACGCCGCUGUUUCUGUGUGCCGGAGUUGGUAGAAUCGAACUACGAUUAUGGUACGCUACUGGCUGAUGCAAACGAAAUGGAUGGCGUACACGAUGUGGUGCUGUACGUGGAAGAUGAACCAAUUGCUAGCCAUCGAUUUAUCCUGUACCAUCGGUCGGAAGCGCUACGGAAAUUAUUGCAACAGUUCCCCGGACAAAAAGAGUUCGUACUAAAGGAGCAUGGAUUGGGAGGGAUAACGUUGCAGGCGUUCCGACUGAUCAUGCGUUAUCUUUACACGAAUCAGCUGAUUGCACGUGCGGAUGUAGAACGAUUGCUCCGAAAACUGGGCAGUGGCGAAAUCGGUAGUAAUGCUGACGAUGCCGAGUUGAACGCCAUGUGUCAAAAGCUGAAGCAACAGUUUGAUAAACUUCGCCUCCCUGUUUUAUCGCAAUCGGUGAAAAAAUUGCAGAAUGAACCACCGAUCGAACCGUUUCCGAUGCUGCGUCACGAUUCCUAUCCAGAGCUGUACGAUAUAACGCUCGAACUGCAGGACGAUAAGAAGAUGCGGGCGCACAAGUGUGUGUUGGUGGCACGGCUUGACUACUUUAACAUGAUGUUUGCCCAUUGCUGGACAGAAAAGCGCACCGUAGCUGACCUAAAAACGGUUCCGCGUGAGUACAUGGACGUCAUUAUACCCUUCCUGUAUGACAACGAUUAUGGACGGGUACGAAGGCAGCGUUACUCGGAAAACUUUAUCUUGAGCAUGAUUAUCAUUUGCGAUCAGUUUCUAAUAGAAGAGCUUAAGAGCAUCUUUGAAACGAUCCUCAGCCAAAGAGUGCAUUUAAGAAAUGUAGGCGAACUGCUCGAGUUUUCCUAUCAGUACAACUGCGAGCUGUUGAAGAGCGUUUGUAUGCAGUUUGUCAGCGUAAACUUUGCCCGUUUGCUCGAGUGGCAUCUACUGGACGGACUCGAACCGACCAUCCUUGAGCAGAUCGACCAUUUCUACAAGGAAUUCUUUCGUCUUGGUGACUACCGUAUGAUAACACCAUUUGCUGAUGCGAUUGGUGAUGAAGAGUUGGAACAAUUUGUAAGUGACUUUCGUAUCGAUCUCGAUCAAAAAGCAUCAGCCGAUCAGCCAAUUGUAUCCUCUGAUCGUUCGACGAAACUUACCCCGAAAGGGAAACAGACAAACAUGACGGCACUUUCCAAGUUACAGCGCGAAAAGCGAAACUACGAAAAGGAAGCUAUGGUUUACCUGGAACGUUUGGUCCUGGAAGAGGCGGCCGCAGUAAAAGAACGAAAAAUUUCUGCCAGCAAAUCGGCAAACGCCCCUUCCACUAGCUACACAACAGCUCCCAAGAGCAAACCCGAUACUACUCUCGAACGAUCCGUUCCAGACGAAAAUGUCACCAAUAAAGUAUGGCAAACCGUGUCGGCGGAUUCGAAAAGAAAAGCCGCCCUAUCGGCUGCAUUGCGUGCGAACGAGCUGAUGAAGGAGGAAGCGCAACAACCAUCCAGCGAAAGCUUCUCCAAUUUGCGCACCGUGCUGGAACGUAGUCCAACCGCUCCCCAGCUGGUACCGUUGCGAUCGCCCGACGAAGGAUACGAAUCGGCCAGCAACGUUCCACCCCGGGCGGCAACACUUAAUUUGAGCGAUUUCACCAUCCACAACGCACGAUUGUCACAAAAAGAGCGUAAGCGACUAAAUUCGGAAAAGUCCAAGGUGGCAAAAACAUCAAGCGUAGAAAUACCGGCGGAAAGUGUGCCCAUUGUUCCGGUUAAUCCGUGGAAAAAUGUUGCAAACGUGCCGGUAGCAGAUCUGUUCAAACCUUCCGAUCCAAUCCUGGGAUCGGAUGUUCCACUGUCAGGCCGUAAACAGCGUAACAAUAGUAUAAACGAGUCAAGUAAACCAGUGAAAGCAGAACCGGGCAUAAUCAGUUCUACCUCUAGCGGCAACGCUGCCGAUCAGAGCAGUACAAUCUUUCCCAAGAAGCCGCACCGGCAACGACAUUCUAGCACACGGUACAGUGGUGGCGACAAGGAUUUCAACGAAAUCUUGGAAGAAGAACGCCUCCAAAAGCGGUACUUUGAGAAGAUCAAAUCAAAAUCACUAGUGCAAACGCAGAUCGAGGAGCAAGCGAUUGAAGAAUUGCGUGCCUUCUACAACGUGGAGCAUGUGUUCGACGAAAACAUCACGAUCGAGCGCUAUCGACCACCGCUGCUAGAAAAUGGACCAAACUUUGCCGUGUGGCAAUAUCAAUAGAAUUCCUGGGUAGUCGCAGCAGUACGAUGUGUCAGUUGUA